AGUCCCCCCCGGUUGGCUCGCUGAGGUUGUCAAAGUUAGUGGGGUUUCAAGAUCGCAAGGGGUGUUGCCCUGUGUCCCAUGGCCCAGUUCGGUUCGGUUCGGUUCAGUUCGGUUUCCCUGGUUUCGGCUCGGUUCCCUGGUUCGGAUUGGCUUGACUCGGUUCAGUUGGUUCCGGUUUCGGGAUUGGUUCGGCUCGCGGCUAUUCGGUUUCGGUUUCAGUUUCGGUUCGGCUCCGUUGUUCCGGUUGAGGUCCCUUCGUCCGGCAUCUUCUCUGGCUCAAAAUAUCAAGUUGGCCAUGCAUCCCGCUGCUCCGAGGCCCGUGUCCUCGAUGUCAACUUUGGCUCCCCCUCUUCUACCCUGGCUCUGCAAUCAAUGUAUCUCUCCAAGCGUAGUCCGCCCUGUUAUGGCAACUGUUCGAUGUUCGAUGGAUGUAGCAUUUGAUGAUUGUAUGAAGCGAGAGCGCAAGUCUGUGCAUCAAGGAUCAAGAUAUUCAUCAAGGCACUCAGCAAAGAACAUCAAGGCACUCAGCAAAGAACAUCAAGGCACUCAGCAAAGAACAUCAAGGCACUCAGCAAAGAACACCAAGACACUCAAGCUCCCCAUCCCCUACCCUUCUAUGGCUGCGGCUCCUCCUCUUGGCGUCGGCCGCAGCCCGUCUUCAGCUGCUAAGUAUCGCCGAUUUCCCUUGCCGUUUCGUGGCUGCCACUCGAGUUAUCCGACCAGCGUCGGUAACGUCUCCACGCCUCCGUGGUUUGCAGGGGUUUAUCCCCACAGGCUACUGCCCUCCCAUCGGGUGCGCGAAGAAACCGCUGCUACCUUGCUCAGUCGUGGAUAUGACGGAUGGAUCUCGCGGAUCGGUGGAUGGAAUGGAAUGAAUGCAUGAAUGCACGAAGGGAUGGAGCUACCGCCAAGGUCUCCCGCGAUCAAGCGUCGCCCCUCCUGCCUCGUCAACGUGUGGCCGUGAACCCACGACGAAGAGUAGCCCAACACGGUGUGCCCCUCCUGCCAGCCCCUUCCCCUGUGGUGCCCAAGCUGUCUGU